AUGACCGGCCAACAGCAGGAGAAGUGGCAACAGAUGGCCGACCUCAUCCAGCGGCUGGGGCUGGUAUCCGGUGGCCAGGAUGAGCCGCGAACAGCCGCCCAGGUCGCGAGGAUGACUACCCGCCAGCUCCUGCAGGACCCAGUGCGGGCGGCCAUCUUCAACCGGGACUGGGUGGACCGUACAGCGGACAUCCAGCGGAGGUUGCGGCCGCAACGACCACCAUCGACAUCAACACCCAGCAGCCGCACUCCGUCGCUAACAAGGCCACCAACACCGACAAGGACAACCGCCCCCACAACACCAGCCGCCACGACACCUGUCUCCACAACACCAGCCACCACAACACCUGCCCCCGUAAAGCCUGCGGAGCCGAAACCGGUACCCAGGACAACGGGGGUACCCCCAGGCCCGGCGGUAAGGGUGAGGACGGAGGCGCACCAGGCGUGGAACCGCUGGAAGUUCCAGCAGCUGAAGGAGAAGAGGAAAGCAAGAAGACCGAGGCAAGCCAACAACAUCGGCUUGCCAAGCGACCUACGCUAA